UAGUGAAUGCGGGGUCCGGGGAGAGCGGAUAUAGUGAAUGCAGGGUCCGGGGAGAGCGGAUAUAGUGAAUGCAGGGUCCGGGGAGAGCGGAUAUAGUGAAUGCGGGGUCCGGGGAGAGCGGAUAUAGUGAAUGCGGGGUCCGGGGAGAGCGGAUACAGUGAAUGCGGGAGUGGAUAUAGUGGGAGGAAUAAUGCCCUAUUGGUGUCAGUGGGGGAAAUAGUGCCCUAUUACUGGUGUCAGUGGGGGGAAUAGUACCUUGUUGUUGGUGUCAGUGGGGGGAAUAGUGCCUCAUCAAUGGUGUCAGUGGGAG